AUGUCGUACAACAGAAUCGGCGUCGUCACUGGCGCGAAUAAGGGCGUUGGCCUCGCCAUAGUGCGCCAGCUCGCACUUCAAUACCCCAAAUCACCGCUCAACAACGGGUCCUUUCUGAUUUACCUCACAGCGCGCGACCAAGGCAGAGGAGAAGCAGCAGUCAAGGCCCUGGAGCAAGAUGCGCAGUUGAAGAGCGCAAAAGCACUAAAGGCUGACGGGGGGCUCUCAGAGAUCAAGUUCCAUGCCCUUGACAUCACGGAUAGUGGUAGUAUCAAAACAUUUGCAGACCAAUUGAAGCAGACACACGGCGAUGGCGUCGAUUUCGUCAUUAACAACGCGGGCAUUGCGAUGGAGGGAUCCAAUGCGCAGGUGGUCAAGACCACUCUUGGCUGCAACUACUACAGCACUCUCGAAGCAUGCCACGCCUUCAUUCCCCUUCUUAAGUCCACCGGUCGUAUCGUAAACCUCGCCAGUAUGUCUGGACACCUUAACAAGUACUCCGAUGAGGUCCGCAACCGCUUCCUGGCCUCCAAGACCGAAGACGACGUCACAUCCAUCAUGAAGGACUUUGCUUCUGCGGUUGAAGCUGGGAGGGAGAAGGAAGCUGGCUUUCCGAGUGCAGCGUAUGCCGUGAGCAAGGCUGGCAUGAUUGGAGGAACAAGAGCGCUUGCAAGGUCGGAGAAGGAGAAGGGGAGCAGUCUGUUGAUCAAUUCAUGCUGUCCUGGAUAUGUGAAUACAGACAUGACCAAGGGGAACGGCACGAAGAGCCCGGAUGAGGGCGCACAGACACCUGUCAUGCUUGCUAUUCAGGACAUCAAGGGGCAUACGGGACUGUUCUGGCAGAAUGAGAAGCAGCUUGAAUGGUAA